AGAGAAGGGGGGGCUGGGGUGGACGGACAGGUGGAAAGGGGAGCGCCUCCUCUCUCGCAGCCCUUUGCCCGGCUUAUCUGGGGAGGAACAGCAGCUGGGGCAGGACUUCACCCCUCCGCCUGUGCUGCCGCCACUGCCGACAUCGCCGCCACACAUCCCGGUGGUGCCCCCACCACCAUGUGCACAGGCAAGUGCUCCCGGCUGGUGGGCCUCUCCCUGGUGACGAUGGCCCUGGCCUGCAUGGCCGCCAACAUCCUCCUGAUGUUCCCCAACGCCGAGCGGCGCUGGACGACAACCAGCAACAUCGCCCUGCAGGUCUGGCUCCUGGGGGGCCUCCUCGGAGGAGGCCUGAUGGUCCUCUGCACAGGGUGCUCGGCGGUGCGGGCCGGAGGAAAGGGCUGCUGCGGGUACGGCUGCUGUGGGAACCGGUGCCGGAUGCUUCGGUCCGUCUUCUGCGCCGCCUUUGGGGGCCUGGGGGCUUUCUACUGCCUGGCGGUGGCAUCCACAGGCUUAUCGGAUGGGCCCAAGUGCCAGAUGCAGGACCAGUCCUGGGGGAGUCCCUUCAAGGACCUCAGUGAGAGCUACCUGCACAACCAGACGCUGUGGGACCGGUGUGUGAAUCCCCCCAACGUGGUGCUCUGGCACAUCGUCCUCUUCUCCAUCCUGCUGGGUCUGAGCCUGCUGGAGCUGGUGCUCUGUGGCGUGCAGGUGGUGAACGGUCUCCUAGGGACGGUGUGUGGGGACUGCCGCAAGGGAGCCGACCGUGAGGGUGAAGGCCUUUGAGGCUGCGAGGGAUCCGGCUGGACCGCUGCACUCCCACCUCACAGACAGACCUAGGCUCACACUCCUGCCAAGCGCCUCCCUCUCGUCCGGACACCCGGCAUCCAGCACAGCGUUCUUUCCAAUGUGAGUUGCUUUUUGGGAGACUCAGAAAUAAACGCCUGCAGCCACUGACUGA